UACAAAAAUUCUUGUUGAAUAGUAUUUUUCUGUUUGAGGUUUCUAGUCUGUUUCAUUUUAUAUUUACGAAAAAGAAUUAGUUAUUUCACACAUAAAAUGGGUUUAUACUCAGCCAGAAACAACUAGCAAUUGGUAAAGUACAAUCUCAUAGUGAGACACAUGCUCACAAAAGCCCACAUGAACAUAAAUAGAUUUUAGAGGUGUUACCAAAGAGUUCAUUGGAGGAAACUGGGAGUUUGAUGUGUUUGACUGUUGGUGCAUUGGUAUGGAAUUCUCAUUGGUUGAAAUGUGUGGGGCAAGGAGGCCCUCCUUCCUUGUGAGGUGGGGAGGGAAAAUAUAAUUUCCUAUUGGAGAUGGAAGGCAUGUUGGAUCGUGAAAUUUGCUGAUCAUGAGACCCCUCAUAUUCUUUUGACCUCAUUUAAAUAGACAGAAAUAUAUUAUUAACUUUUCACACAUGGGGGGGGGGCUGUUUUCCUGAGAUAGAUAUCCUGCAAGUACUUUUCUGAAAAUGUCUCUUGAUUCUUACCAAUAAGGGGUCUUUUAGAUGCUAUCUCUGGUAUUUAGCUUUCCUUACUGCAGAUGAAGCAUUUCGAUUUCCUUAAUUCUUUCUGUGUAAAUCUAUGGUACUCUCUUCUCAGAACCCCUUUGUGUUUCCACAGAGUCCUAAGGUCAGACCAGGUCUCUGGCCCUGUGCCAGAAGAGCCAGAAAUGACCAAGUCUCUGGAAUCAGUGUCAUUCAAGGAUGUAACUGUAAUCUUUAGCAGAGAAGAGUGGCAACAAUUGGAUCUUACUCAGAAAAACCUAUACAGGGAUGUGAUGCUGGAAAACUAUUUCAACUUGAUCUCAGUGGGGUGUCAGGUUCCCAAACCAGACAUUAUUUUCAACCUGGAGCAAGGAGAAGGACCAUAUAUGCUGAAUGGUGAAAACUCAAGUCAGAUCUCUGUAGAUGGGGAUAUUGGUUUUGAAACUUCAGAAGGAACGUCUGACGAAAUUUCAUUCCCGUUUGAGAGAAUUAAUCUCCUCAGAAGAGAUGACUCUUAUUCCACUUUAGAAGAAUUGUGGCAAGAUAAUGAACGUACAGGAAGAUGUGAGAAAAUCUAUAAUAAACAUUUAAAUUUUGUCACCUUCAUCAACAAAGAAACCCUGGUUCAUGAGAGGAACUAUGUCCAUAAGGACAUUGGAAAAAUAGUUCGUGUAAACACACACCUUGUUCCUUCAAGGAAAAAAACCCAUAAUUAUGACUUAUUUGAAAAAAGUUUGAAGCCUAUUAUAAGCUUAUGUAAUUAUAAUAGAAAUGGUGCAACUGAAAAUCUGGGUAAGACUGUGGGUAAUUUUUUCACUCAUAUGAAUUCUCAUGCAGAAAUGAAUGUAUAUGAAAAUAAUCAAUGUAAAAAACCUCUGACUCAGAAACACACUUUCAUUCAACAUCCACAAAUUCAUGCUGGGGAGAAUCUCUUUUCAUUUUCUGACUCUCAGAAAAUUCUCACCCAAAAGUCACAACUCUGUGCACAUCAGAGUAUAUAUACUGAAGAAAAACAGCAUGAAUACAGCAAAUAUGAGACAGUCUUCACUCAGAAGACCCAAUUUAGCAUUCCUCAGGUUUAUGCAGGAAAGAAACACUAUAUGUGUACUGAAUAUGGGAAGGAAUUUUCCCUAAAGUCAAGCCAUGAGAAAACUCAUACUAAGGAGAAUCUCUUUAUAAGCAGUGAAUGUGGAGAAACCUUUAUCCAGAAGUCAGAUCUGUUCCAAUGUCAGGGGAUUCAUACUGGGGGAAAACCCUAUGAACACAGAGAAUGUGACAAAAAUAGCUCUCAGAAUUCAAAUAUCAAUAUACAUGAUAAAAAACAUACCGGAGAAAAACACUUUGAAUGUACUGAAUGUGGAAAAGCCUUCACAAGGAAAUCAACACUAAGUAUGCAUCAGAAAAUUCAUACAGGAGAGAAACCCUUUGUGUGUACUGAAUGUGGGAAAGCUUUUAUCCGCAAAUCACAUUUUACUACCCAUGAGAGAAUUCACACUGGAGAGAAACCUUAUGAAUGCAGUGACUGUGGGAAGUCUUUUAUAAAGAAGUCACAACUCCAUGUGCAUCAGCGAAUUCACACAGGAGAGAAUCCCUUUAAAUGUUCAGAAUGUAGUAAGGUCUUCACUCACAAGACAAAUCUCAUUAUACACCAGAAAAUUCAUACUGGAGAAAGACCCUAUAUUUGUUCUGAAUGUGGGAAGGCCUUUACUGACAGGUCAAAUCUCAUUAAACACCAAAAAAUUCAUACUGGAGAGAAACCCUAUAAAUGUGGUGACUGUGGAAAAUCAUUCACAUGGAAGUCACGACUCAGGAUACAUCAGAAAUGUCAUACUGGAGAGAGACAUUAUGAAUGUAAUGAAUGUGGGAAAGCAUUCAUUCAGAAGUCAACACUAAGUAUGCACCAGCGAAUUCAUAGAGGAGAAAAGCCCUAUGUUUGCACUGAAUGUGGGAAGGCCUUCUUCCACAAAUCACAUUUUAUUACACAUGAGAGAAUUCAUACUGGAGAGAAACCUUAUGAAUGCAAUGACUGUGGGAAAUCCUUCACUAAGAAAUCGCAACUCCAUGUACAUCAGCAAAUUCACACAGGAGAGAAACCCUACAGAUGUGCUGAGUGUGGAAAGGCUUUCACUGACAGAUCAAAUCUUUUUACACACCAGAAAAUUCAUACUGGAGAGAGACCCUAUAAAUGUAGUGACUGUGGAAAAGCCUUCACUCGGAAGUCAGGUCUCCAUAUACAUCAGCAGUCUCACACUGGAGAAAGACAUUAUGAGUGCAAUGAAUGUGGGAAAGCCUUUGCAAGAAAAUCAACACUAAUUAUGCAUCAGCGAAUUCAUACAGGAGAGAAACCCUAUAUUUGUACUGAGUGUGGAAAAUCCUUCAUCCAGAAGUCACACUUAAAUAGACAUCGGAGAAUUCAUACUGGAGAGAAACCCUAUAAAUGUAGUGACUGUGGGAAGGCCUUCAUUAAGAAGUCACAACUUCAUGAGCAUCAUCGAAUUCACACAGGAGAGAGACCAUAUAUAUGCACUGAAUGUGGAAAAGCCUUCACCAUCAGAUCAAAUCUUAUUAAACAUCAGAAAAUUCAUGCUAAACAGAAACCCUAUAAAUGCAGUGAUUUUAGGAAAACCUUAGACUGGAAGUCACAACUCACUAUACAUAAGAAAUCUGAUAAUGGGAGGGUAGAAUGCCCAAUGUCACAACCAUGGUGUGGGGAUAUAAAAUUGUAAGAGGCUAAAGCUUAACUAAGAAGAAGAAGAUAACUAAAGCCAACUUUCUCUGUCUAAUCAGAUGUGUGAAUAUCUGAGUCACAUACCUGAUGUCUGGUCAUACAUAUGGUAAGACACUUGGGAGAAAGUGUUAAAGCAACAGAUUACGGCCCUGCUUGGUUACUUAACAGUUACUAGAAUUGUCAAGCCUCUGCAAAUAGUAAAUAUGCAAGGAGAUAACUUGGCAAUCUUUCUUGUUUCCGUUUUUGGAGAAAUAGUUUUAUAAAUUUAUAGCUAUUGACUUUCUCAUGCCUUGGGUGGCAAGAAUAUUCAGUAUUGACCAAAGAAAUUUCCUACUGAGUACAGCACUGAAGAAUUUUCUUAUUGCCUAAGCACCCUAAGGACAUUGACAUCAAGGCAAAAGUUUAGACAAUUCAAGUCUAUAAUAAAAAGAAGCCAGAAGUUUUUAUAAAAGUUGAUAUUAAAGAUACAAAAUACUCUGCUUCUUUUCCCUUUGGGAAAUCAUUGUUUAUUAUCUUAUUAUGUGGAAACUUGGAUUAAAAUUUCAUUUACAAUUUGAGAUUGGCAAAUCAAAAGACUUAUUCAUAGGCAUCUUUAGGUAACCAGUAUGCUCCCUUAAUUCCUUGCUGUGGCAACAGGAAACUCACACAAAGGUAUGAAAUGUUCCUGGUCUGUAUCCCAAAAGUGAUCAGUGAUAUAAAUAGCAGCCCCACCAACUACUUUUCAUUUUAGGAUUUGCCCUACAUUCAUGAAACUUAGCCAUUGGCAACAAAUCUAGAUAUUAGCACUUUGGAUUCUAAGCCUUGUCCACAGAAACCUGUGCUUUUUACUGGUUUCUCUUUGAAAAAAAAUUAAGAAAAUGAGUUUCAAAAUCUAGAAUUCUUUCCUUCCAAUUUUGUUAAUCAUUCUUUAACAUUCAUUACAUGCAAAAUUACUGUGGAACAUACUUGUCUUGAGUUUUAGCUUGUUUUCUUGGAAGAUAUAGCUACACAUUUGAAGGGUACUACUAUCCCUUCCCAAUCACUGCUAAUUGAUCUGUUUUUUCAAAUGCUCUGUAUUCUUAUAGACUUUCUUGUCUUUUAUUCUGUUAUAUUUAGAAAGACCUACUUUAUAAUCAUCAAGAAUAAUUGUGAUUUUUGUCUCUCCUUUUUAUGCUUUACAUAUUGUGCAUUACAUAUUUUGAGUCUCUCUGUGUGUGUAUACACACAGAUUUAGAAUGGUUUUACUCUUCCUGGUUAAUUGAAACAAUUCUGAAAUGUUCUUUUAUCUCUAGUGAAGCUUUUUGCCGUAAGUUUUAUUGUCAGAUAUAAAUACAAUAUUGGUACUUCACUUAUUAAAGACUUAUAUAAAUGAAUACUCACACCACUUUGUGGAUAAAGUGAAGAGUUAGAGCAUUAACACGGUUUUUCUCUUACAUAGUAUCAAUGCCAUGCGUUUGAAUUCUGUAUGUAGUUGAGAUGCUAGUAAUUGUUUCAGAGUCACUACUCACUUAAAUGAAUCCACAGAUGUACCCUUUUCAUUAUUUAUUUUUCCUCUUGGCCUUUGUUUCUCUCUAGAAUAAUUUUUCUUCUGACAGAAGAAUAUCUGUUAGUGUGAAUUUGUUAGUGACAGGUUCUUGUUUGUUGGAAAGCACCUUUAUUUUCCCUUCAUUUUGAAGGAUAUUAUUACUGAGGAUAGAAUUCAAGUUGGCAGUUAUAUUCUUAAUAGAGAAACUUGGAGACGUUUUAUUAGUUUGUCUUCCAUUAAUUAGACUGAAAAAUAAGCUUUUAAUCUAAUUAAUUUAAUCUAAUUUGAUAGAAAUGUGCUUUUUUGUACUUCUGUUUCCUUUAAAAUUUAACUCUUUGGGCUGUCAACAACUGCACUGUGAUAUGCCUCAAUUUUUAUGUAUUCAUCCUGUAGGGGGGGUUGCAGUUUUUUUUUAAUCUGUAGCUUAGUGGGGCAUUUUCUUUUUGCACAUUUUGGGUUGUCUCCUCAAAUUAUGCAUCUGUGUCAUUAUGUUUCUCCUCUUCUCCAUCUAGAGAUAGCCCCAUUAUCUAGAGCCCUUGAUUCUGUAUUCUACUAGUUGUUUCUUUUGGGUUUUGAUUGUUUUGUCUUCUCAUAUCUUGUGAUUGAAAAUCUUCUAUCAGACACUACAUGAUAAAAUUGUAGAGCUAAUAAAAUAGUCUAGUUGAUAUUGUCUUCCAGAGAGCAUUUACCUUUGCUUCUAGCAGGUAACUAGGCUCAGAACAAUAGGAAUACCAUAAGGCAAUUGGGUGAUUGCCUUCAUCCAAUCACAAAUUGAGAUUAUUGGAAACUGGAUUUCAGUCUCUGUGAUGUCUUGUCUAUUUUUCCCCACAUAUAUUCCUUGGAGGUAAGACUUAAGGGUUUGGGAAAUUUACCAGACCCCUCCUUUUUAUAAGAAUUUUAAUUCUAGUACUUAUCUCUUUAAUCCAGUGAACAUGUCAAAAACUGCCUAAAACCUCUUGACCAACGUUUCUUUAGGAAUUAGCAAAUAACUUCUUUUUAACAGGUAGUCCCAAAUUCCAGAGGUUAUAGCUUAUCUACAAUUGUAUAACUGCAGUUUGGUAG